AAUUUGGCGCUGAAGUCGCUUUCCCGGGGGCUAUUUCACGAAGAACGCGUUAGUUUUGCUAGAUCACCAAAAAAUAAUAAAAAUCGCGCCUGAGCCCCAAUAAAAAGGUUACACAUUAUUAAUAAUACCUCAAAUGCCUAAUUGAUAAUUACGUAACCCUAAAGGAAUCGCUUCUUGGUCUGCCGAUUGUGAAUUUCUGUGCAAAAAGUGCUUAAAGGGGCUUAGUAAAGUGAUUCAUCGACUGAUCAGGGAGCUGAAACAAUGGGGGACAAUAUAAAUCCAAAGACCCGCCUGGAGGAGAAACGCCAGUUGCCACCUCUUCUGGAGAAGAUUCUGGCCGUUGAUGUUGAGCUCACAAAACGUUUCGUGAGUUUUAUGCUGAAUUUUCUGCCAAUGAGAUCUCUGAAGACCCAUUCAAAGCUCCUUGAGAUCUCUUGUCAUGGCAUUGUUAUUCUGGUUUUAUGGUUCAUUCUCACCUGGCUGAUUGACAAUCCUGAGCUCUAUGAGAUGCAGAUAAACCUCCUUUUUGGCCUGCUAAUUGAUAUUGUAAUCAUAGCGUGUGUUAAGGCAGCCACUAGGAGACGCAGACCAACCGUCAAUGAUGAUAUCUUCAGUAUUGGUCCGGAUAAAUUCAGCUUCCCUUCCGGACAUGCUUCUAGGGCAGUCUUUAUGGCCACUUUCUUCACUAUUCUCUCUCCAGUGCCUCUAAUCUUCUGGCCUCCACUCAUCGCUUGGGCUGCAGCUGUCUGCUUGUCCAGGCUACUGAUGUACAGACAUCACAUCCUAGAUGUGAUAGCUGGUGCUCUUCUGGGCCUCGUGGAGGCCUUCAUCCUAGCUGUGGUUUGGUGUGAUGCAGAAACUUCCCUAGGGAUCAUGCAAUGGAUCUCAGACGAUAAGUACGUUGAGGGACAGACUGGAAUUUAAAUUUUUGCUUGUUCAAUAAAAUCGUAUUUUCCUUUA